AGUAAAUUAGUUAUGCAUGAAGGCGCCCUUCGCGCAAUUGAGGGCGAGAGAAUGGACGAUCCAGCUGCGCUUGUGCUGGCUCCCCUCGAGAGCCCUAAGGAGAGGAUUGUGCACCGGAGUCAGAUAUACACAUGGGGAAACAACCAGCUUGGCCAAACAGGGCACACAGGCGCUUGUAUGCAAGACCCCAGAGCUUGGAAAGUCCAGCGGUCGCCAAAACUGAUGGAGCAAGAGCAUUUCAAGAGCGAUGCUGCGUUUGUAAAGAUUGCAUGCGGUUUGCAACACACAGGAGCUUUGACAAGAGAUGGGGAGCUAUUUAUGUGGGGGAGCAAUGAUUGCGGCCAGCUAGGGGAUGGCACUGAAACGGACCGCAGGCAGCCCCGGCGCGUCAAGGCCCUGCAGACCGAGUUUGUCACCAGCAUUGCCUGUGGCCAUCAGUCGAGCGCGGCCCUGGCAAGGCCUCGGAACAAGAAGGGCGCACCUUUGAAGCUUUGGGUGUGGGGCCAGCACCAAGGGUCCAAUUUCCCAAGGCCGUUUCACGGUGCGUUUGCAGCGGACACGCCGAUUGCGGCGGUCUCUCUUGGGGCAGCACAUGCUGCCGCGGUCUCGGCAGGGGGGCAGCUUAUGACGUGGGGCUAUAAUGAGGUGGGUCAGCUCGGCCAUGGCUUCAGCUCCGAGGGCCUCCAGCCUGCACGCCUCGUGCGCGCCUUUAUCCAGCACACCUCCGACACCCCCGUUCGCGCCAAAGUCAAGAAAAUCGCCUGCGGGGCAUACCACACCGCGUGCGUUUCGGACACCGGCGAAGUGUACACUUUCGGACACGGGGCGAUGGGCCAGCUCGGACACCGGAUGCUGCAGGGGCGCGACCGGGAGGUUAACCCGAGAAGGGUGGUUAGCCUGGAGGGGCAGCACGUGCGCCAAAUUGCGUGCGGCCAGGCACACACAUGCGCGAUCACGAGCAAGGGGACUCUGUACAUGUGGGGUGGGCAUCGGGAGGGGCAGCUGGGCCUGGGCCGCCCGACCUAUAUGUUCCCGUUCAUUGACCGCAACGAGUCCAACGACUUCUUCCGAAGGCUGCCAACCGUGCUGUUACCUCGGGGCGCCAAGAUGGUGGUUUGCGGCCAGACGCACACUCUGGCGUGCACGCUGGACGGCCGUCUUUGGGGGUGGGGCUACAACAGUUGCGGUCAGGCAGCGACCGGCAAGGAGACGCAUGCUUGGGUGCCCACACCGAUUGACUGGUGUGUGGGUGAGAUAGCGGGCCUUGCGGCAGGAGGCGGCCAUUCCGCCGUCCUUACAAGAGCCUGCUCGUUGAAGGACCUGUGUGAGUUGCGAUUGGCCGAGAGCCUCGACUUGAACACCAUUUGCCGGACCAAGGCCGUGGCUGCACAGAUGCACGCGGAUUCGCUCGCUCGCUAUUGCGAGCUGUACAGGCUGAAGGCUUUGGGCAAAUAUCAGGACGAAGAGUUCGACGAGGACGAAGAAAGGAGAAGACGCCCAAGAUAACAACGAAAGCAGCCGCAUGAAUUUUCUCCGAGCAUUUCAGAGGAUGCGAAUUGACCUGUACAUAUUGUAGGAGGGUUGGGGAUCAUUGGACAGGCGCUUUAGUUGUUGCAAUAGACCAUGCCUCGGGGCUAGCUCGUGGGCUAGCUUAGCGAGGUACAUAGCUGUCCAAAAGUUGACCAGGAAAAGAAACUCAAGAGAUGCAGUAGUGGUGAGGGUGUGUGGAGUGAAGCAGAAACGUGUAUGCAUGCGUCCAAGAGAACUUCAAGCUAGGCUGGACAAAUGGUUGCCAAAAGCCAGCUGGACUCCUAGACUCCUAGACUGCCAGCUCGCUAGGUUACUCUACCCAUAGCAUAAAAGGUAUGGCCUCAUACCAGUGCGUAUUUGAUACCCACCAAUCAAUGAAGCAACUCUGAAUAGUACGUCUCUAUUUGAUAUACGGUAGGGGGAGUUGCGAAUGGGGCCUUCCCCGACCUGGUGCCUGUUAUUUGUUGAUGCAUCAUUCGUAGUGCAGACCAUGCGAG